AUGUCUUAUAACAAUAACGCUCAUGAAAGACAUACGUACCCUAAUACAAUUUUAGUAGAAAAACCACCAAUGGAAUGUGUUGAGAUUGUAAGAAUUAAAUUAUCUCAAGACAAACUGGUCAAUGAUCAAUUUGUUAAGAUAUUCAAAGAUCUUGCAUUUCUACAAAAAAACUAUGUUCAAAAUUUAAAAAAGAUUAUUUCCGAAAAUGAAAAUUUUAAUAAGAUCAUUAAUGAUAAGAUGUUGAGCAAUAAUGUUGUUGAUGAAUACGAAUUGAAAAAUUUAAGUAACUUUGAGUCAUUGUCAAGUGGCACCAGUACAAAUGUGGCCAAAGUAUACUCUGCCCUAAUAGAUGAUUUGUCUAAACAGGCUAAACUACAUUCCAAAAUAUAUCAGAAUUUGGAAGAUAAAAUCAUCAAAGAUUUAUAUCAACACGGGAAUAACGAUACUCAAUGGGUCGAAACAAAGAAAUACUUUACUUAUGUAGUUCAACAAUUGAAGCAAAGUAAUACUUCUUCUUCUUCUUCUGUUUGGGAAUCUGAAUCACCUACUUUAUUUCAAAUGUUUGAAACUACUGACUUUGAACAUUUGAUGUGUAUCAAAAAUAACCUGCAUAAAUAUGAGGCGUCUGUUGCUAAUGACACUAGUGUUAAGACAAAUUUGAAAGAUAAGCUUGAUAGAUUUGAUCCUGAUUCAGAAAUUAAGAGAUAUGCUAGAGAUGUUGUAAAUUAUGAUUUUAGUUUUUUAGAUAACAAUAAUACUAGUAACAGGAUGCCCAAUGACAAACAAUUGCGUAAUAAUUCUGACAGUACCGUUUUAAAAAACGAACUAAUGAACAGUAACUUUUCCAAUUCGACGAAUAACAACAAUGUUACCGCCAAUACUGGAAGUUCGAAUGGAAUUGAGGAUUUACCUGUUGAAAAGGAUGUGCCAAAACUAAAAAAUAAGAAAUCAUCACAUCGUUUAAGAUCCAAAUUUGGCUCGCUUUUUGGAAGAAAGAAGGAAAACAGUAAUAAUAGCACAUCGAACGGCAACAGUUCGAAAAGGGACAGUAUAUUUAGGAAAGUAAGUGCCGAUACAUCCCAUGAAAGUAAUGUUAAUACCGGUAAUAAUAGGCCCAAUACACAAAGCACACAAUCAUCCAGAAUGAGUUCAUAUGCAGAACAUCACACUCCUAAUACAAAUGAAAAUAAUUCAAGCAACAAUAAUAGUAGUGCUAGCAAAAACAAUCCUUAUUUGGCUAGUAGUAAUAGUUCAAGUACGAAUAACAUAUACUCACACCACACAGGCAGUGUUGUUGCUGCUCCCCAAAUUAAUAACCAUAUUGGUUCUACUGGUGCUAACAUUUCCAAGUCGACUACCUCAAAUAACAACGUUGCCUCUGCUAUUCAUUCCGAUUCAAACACACAACCUGUUUUGUUGCCGCAGAGGACACCAUCCACAAACAACCCGUUAAGUGUAAACCAUCAGCCAUUAAGUCCAAUUAAAAUACAACAUACCAACAGCUCUAGUGAGAUUUAUCAAAACCGGUCUUUUGUCGCUAAUAAUAAUCCAAUGAACACUAAUGUUAAUAAUAAUGUUAAUAAUAAUGACAAUAACAAUAAUACUGCAUCGUACCGUCAAUCUUCUUUGUUUUCUGGUCCAGACCAUUUAGAAACAGUCAGAGAAGCACCUAGUUCAGAGCACGCUACGACAGGUUUAGUUACUCAAAGGAAUAGUUCUGUUAAUACAAAUGAUAAUAACGUUGGCACUAUUCAACACUCUCCAAAUCCGCCACCAAUGAGAAAACCCUCUUUCAAGAAUAUCGGUAAUAACCGUGUUACUUCUCAAAUAUUCAAUAAUUUGAAUGUGGCUGAUACCGCAAACAAAAGUCAAAGUUCGAUUUUGAUGCCAAAUAUGACUGGUGAACUACAAUCUUUGGAUCCUCAAACAACGGGUUCUAGUAUUGGUAUGCUAAUAAACUCGCCAACAGGUUUCCAACACGGUAGUAUAGGUAUUAACAGUGGCACCGGCUAUAAUAGUAGUAAUGGGUUGAGAUGUAGUGUUGCCGAAGUGGUAAAUGCUUCAUUUGUUGGCGGGGUUUUACAAUCUGCUCAACUAAUUGGUGAGGUGGCAUUAAAUUAUCCAAUUAAUGAUGCCAAUAGCAAUAUUCCAUUGGACAUCGGUUUUAAGAUGGUUAGCUACAAAUACAAACCAGAAAAAUUAAUUAUAAAUCGUGCGUUUAUGCAAGAGGAAGAGGAAGACGAACAAGCCAAUGCUACUCAAGGGCGUACAGCUUAUGCGCCAUUUGAUAAAAUAUAUAAAGUUAAUCCUGAAUUUAUUAUAUCCAAAACAUUAGGUGCAUUAAAAUAUACAAUAUCUUCCCCAGAUUAUAUUCCACCGAUUGUAGUUCACCCAAUCUGGAAAUUUGAGCCUCAUCAAGCAAGUGUUGUUUUAACUUUGUAUCCUAGCAACCGUGCUGCUGAUUCCGGUACUAUAGUGUUGAAUAAUUUUUGCGUAUUUAUUAAUAUAGAAGGUGCCAACACUACAACCGCACUAUCAAAGCCGCAAGGUAGUUUUAAUAAAGAAAAAAAUAGAAUAGCCUGGAGAUUUAAUGAACCACUUGAGUUUGGUAAUAAUGGUAAAAACAACGAAUUGAAAUUAAUUGCUAGGUUUAUGACCGAUGGUUUGGCUAGGGAGGGCAACAAGGGUGUUAUUUUGAGAUUUAAUGUAUCUGAUACUCCUAAUGGCAAUACAGGCAAUGAUGCAUUUGAAUUUUAUUACAAGCAGACUACCGACGAUGAUCCAUUUGGUACUUUAACUAAAUGGGAUGAAUUGAAUACUAACAGAACGUUAGUUGCAGGACAAUACUUUGGACUUGCUUAA